AUGGAAAACCCGGAAUGGUUUGUGAGGCGGCUCCAGGACUCUGACCUUAUUCCUAAGGAAGUAAACAGAAAUGCUACUGCAGCAGAGUUAUAUGAUGUGCUGGAAAAUUUUGAAAGGGACAAAAAGAAUUUAAUUCCCCUCUUCUGGAAGUGUGUGUUUGAAAAGCACAUCAUAGAGAAGUAUCCAACACUCAAGGAACUGAAGGAGAAACUAUAUAAAAAGACAGGAGUCAGAAUGGAGUCAGAGUUGGAACAUGAGCGUGCCGUGACGUCCACUGGGCGCGUGAGUGGUCCAGUGCCAACUGUAACAGUACAAGAGCCAAUGCUACCAGGUCCACGGUGGACCUGGAGGGCCGGAGUGGGACAACAUUUCAGGCCGGGAGCUUUUCAUCCAUUCAGGCCAAACAAGUUGGCAACCCUACCGGUGAGGGAGGAUGAGCAACCUGGACCGUCCUUUGAUGUCACUCGGCCUCCAAGACGAGGGCCCAGCUCCUUGCCUACAACAACAGUACAGUAUCCUGUAACAUGUGGAACCCUGAGAGGAAUGCUGGAUCCAAAUCGACUGGAAAGGGGAAAGGUUCCAGGAAAAACUAAGUGCAUCCUGGUUGAUAAGGACUGGUACACGCCUUCUGAGUUUGAAAGGAAAGGAGUAAAGGAGAGGUGUAAAAACUGGAAAACAAGCAUCCACUAUAAUAAUCUUUCUCUCUCCAAGUACAACCUAAAUAAUGGAUGUCUGUGCAAGAAGCCAAAAACAAAAAAGAGAAACGUUUUGUGA